UGGGGUGAGUCAGCGCCGGGCGGGGGCCGCCUGCAGAUAAGGAGGGAGGCGCCGCGAGGCUGCGGCGAUUGUGGGCAGGGGCCGGAGAGCGAGAGGUUCCUCCGGUGACGAGUACUGCUUUGUGGCCAAGAUGUGGCAGUCUGUGUCUGCCCUGUGUGUCCUGGUGACUCUCGUGAGUGCCCGCAGCGUCCCCUACUUUGCUCCCCUCUCGCACGAUUUGGUCAACUACAUCAACAAACUCAACACUACAUGGCAGGCUGGGCACAAUUUCCACAAUACUGACAUGAGUUAUGUGAAGAAACUGUGUGGCACGUUCCUGCAUGGGCCCAAACUGCCAGUGAGGGCAGAGUUUGCUGGAGAUGUGAACUUGCCGGACAGCUUUGACUCCCGGGCACAGUGGCCAAAUUGUCCAACCAUUAACGAGAUCAGAGACCAGGGCUCCUGUGGCUCUUGUUGGGCAUUUGGUGCGGUGGAGGCCAUUUCGGACAGAGUCUGCGUGCACACCAACGGGAAGAUAAACGUGGAAAUCUCAGCAGAAGAUCUGCUGUCUUGUUGUGGCUUCAAGUGUGGGAUGGGGUGUAAUGGUGGCUAUCCUUCUGGAGCGUGGGCAUACUGGACUGAGGAAGGCCUGGUAUCUGGCGGACUCUAUGACUCCCACGUGGGCUGCAGACCAUACUCCAUCCCUCCAUGUGAGCACCACGUCAAUGGGUCUCGACCCUCGUGCACUGGGGAGCAAGGGGACACCCCAAGGUGCGACAGACACUGUGAAGCAGGCUACUCACCUUCAUAUGAGAGUGACAAACACUUUGGAGCUACGUCUUACAAUGUCCCUCCCAGCGAGAAGGAGAUAAUGGCUGAGAUCUACAAGAAUGGCCCAGUAGAGGGAGCAUUUGCUGUGUACGAGGACUUCCUCAUGUACAAGUCUGGUGUUUACCAGCAUGUCUCCGGAGGAGAGGUUGGUGGCCAUGCUAUCAGAAUCCUUGGUUGGGGCGUAGAAAAUGGCACCCCCUACUGGCUGGCUGCAAACUCCUGGAACACUGACUGGGGUGACAAUGGUUUCUUUAAAAUCCUCCGAGGGCAGGACCACUGCGGAAUCGAAUCAGAGAUAGUGGCUGGCAUCCCCAAAACAGAAUUGUACUGGAAGAGGAUCUAACCCCCUGGCUUGGGUGCAACUGAAGACAUCAAACUACAGAUAAUCAUGCCUCUGAUUCUUAUAUCCAGGAGCAGGCUGGGCACAGAGCCUGCACUCAUGAGACUAUGGUUGAAGCUACUUAUUAAAACCUUUUUAUCUUGUUUAGUUGUGUGUUGGGGAUGAAGGAGGUGGUUUCUGUAUCCAUGCGCUAGCUGCCUUUUCUACUGGAGCUCUCUGCUCCCCAGCCAGUUUGUGUGGCUUCGCUACACACAAGCAUUCCCUUCUCAAAGGACUGAGCUAGAAGUGACAGCUCAUCACUCACCACAAUAUUGGGAUGACUGAGAAACUCUGGUUUUUACCAGCCUUGUUCAGUGAACCCUCUUGUCCGAGCUUGGGUGAAGCAAUCACUUCAUUUUGGAAACACACCAGGAUAGGCCAAAGUACCUGGAUGGUCUGGGAGGCAGGACUGGAUGACCUAGGGGGUCUCUUCCAUCUCUAAGACAAUGCAUGCAGCUGCAGCCUUGCUGGCUGCUGUCCCCAAGUUUGACUUCUGCACUGCUGUGUGCCCAGAGACCUAGCUGCUCAGAAGUGGGUAUGUGCCAACCCUUGUCUAUGUUGUAAACAUUGCACAUGCACUUCUGAAAACAUAUGCCUAGGUUUAUUUGCUAACCUUGUUUCCUGAGUAGGGGGAGCCUAUUAAUGACACAAUACUGAUGGGCUGGCUCUGGAUGGAGUAGAAUAAGGCUCUCCUACAACUAAGCUGUUCAUAAUAUCUUCCUCUGCUUAGUGUUUUUUUUUUAAAUAAACCACUUGGCUCCUCAACCAGUUAUCACCCCCCAGACCUGUAAUAUGAUCAACUAGCCUGUUUAUACUGGCACAUGGAUGCUAAGAACAUCUAACUGAACUAAAGCAACUGUGGUGUUCAAAUGAAGGUCAAUGUGGGGCUUGCGGAUAAAAUUAAUUGGGCAGGGUUGCUGCCUCUCUUCUUCUGGCAGAUGCUUAUCUCAAAGUGUGGUUCAGCAGAUUGGUUGAAAGCAGCCUUUGGGCAGUAGGCUGACUCUGCAAUGGCAAUUCUGUCCUAUAGUGCUUUAGUGACUGCAAAUUUGAAUUCAGGCUGGGUAGGAGAAGAGGGUUCUGUAUGAUUCUCAAGGCUUGUCUGUAUGAUGGGGAAUGCACACUCCAGGGGUGAGGCUUCUAAAGUGCACUAACCUAGAAAUGGAACUAGGUUGAGCAGGCACCAGCAGGGUCUACCUGGACAAAUCAAUGCAUGUUAGAAUGCUUUAAGAGUCACCUGCCUGUGGUGCUAAUGGCCUGUGUAGUCAAGCCGUAACUUCAACUCACUUGUAGCUUGUGCAACUAGUAAUCUAGCUAACAUUUUUAGCUGAGGAGGGGGAAGGGGCUGGAAUUGGAUGGAUGAAGAAUGGUGUGUGCAUGGGAGGUGGUGGCACUAAUUUAGUUAACUGCUGCUAGUGUAACAAGCUGGAAGAGCCUGGUGGUUAAAGCAGAGGGCAGGUUUUGCUUACUGGAGAGAUUCCCUGCUCCUGCAGUGAGUAACACCUGGGGAGUAGACUUGCAUUUUGUGUUUAAAGAUGGACUCUAACUUCUGUUGCAAUCACUUAUCCACUAGUAACAUGGCUUCAGUGUAGCUGAAUGGAACAAUUGUGCCAAUAAAAGAUUUCUCCAAGCU